AUGCGGAGGAAAAAACAUGAAGUGAAAAAUGAGGUCUCAGCUCUCCCUGAUUCAUUGUCCUGUUCAAAAGGACAGGAAAAUCUAUUUGAGGAUGGGAACCACCUGUAUCGGUUCUUGGACGAUGAUCCAAUUGUAUCUCACUGUCACAACAUCCCAAGGGGUAUAAUUGAUGUGAAGCCAAAGCCCAUCCUAGACAUUGCAUCAAGGUUGAGAUUUUUAUUUUAUGCAAUCCUUGAAGCCUAUGUGUCAGAAGACGGAAAGCAUGUUGAUUACAGAAGUAUCCAUGGAAGUGAGGAAUUUGCAAGGUUUCUAAGAAUAGUAGAAGAGCUUCAAAGAGUGGAAGUGAAGGAUAUGCAGAGGGAGGAGAAACUUGCUUUCUUUAUAAAUCUCUACAAUCUGAUGGCCAUCCAUGCAAUAUUGGUAUGGGGUCAUCCAGCUGGGGCAAUUGAACGAAAGAGGUUGUUUGGAGACUUCAAGUAUGUUGUUGGUGGGUCCACAUACUCACUUUCGGCUAUUCAAAAUGGUAUUUUACGGGGAAACCAGCGACCACCAUACAAUCUCAUGAAGCCAUUUGGUGCAAAAGAUAAGCGUUCCAUGGUGACUCUUCCUUACCCAGAGCCUCUUAUUCAUUUUGCACUGGUUUGUGGUACUCGAUCUGGCCCUGCUCUUCGAUGCUAUUCUCCAGGGGAUAUUGAUAAAGAACUGAUGGAAGCAGCUCGUAAUUUCUUAAGAAAUGGAGGUCUUAUUAUUGAUUUUGAUACCAAGGUUGCAUCAGCUAGUAAGAUUCUUAAAUGGUUUAGCGUUGAUUUCGGCAAGAAUGAGGUAGAGGUACUGAAGCACUCAUCAAACUACCUCGAGCCGGCUGUCUCAGAAGCUUUACUGGAAUCGCUUGCCAAAUCUCAGCUGAAGGUGAUGUACCAGCCUUAUGACUGGGGUGUGAACUGCUAA